AUGACGUCUCCCGGCCCCGACGCACCUGAAGAAAGCUACGUCAUGAGAGACAGAACCGACGCCACGUUAGUCGGCAAGCACUGCCAAUAUGAGUACUGCAACCAGCUCGACUUCCUCCCUUUUUACUGCCAGUCGUGCAGCAAGACAUUUUGUCUGGACCACCGCACAGAGACGGCGCACAAAUGCGGCAACGCGGGUGCUUGGGCCGAACGCCGGCGGCAAGCCCAACUGAGCAAAUCGUCGAUAGGCGGCGCCGGCGGCAAAACCCUGAGGGAUAAGACGUACGAAAAGCCAUGCGCAUCUCCAGAAUGCAAAACCAUGGUUGGGACGUCCUUGACGCCAGGAGUUCACUGCCAGACUUGCAAACGUGAUUACUGCCUCAAGCAUCGCCUCGGAGAGGAUCACGAUUGCAAGAACUUGACACCGCUCGGCUCGCGGCUUGUGCCAGUCGACGACAUCACCAAGAAGACGAAAUCUGCUCUUGACAAGCUAAGAGCCUGGGGGAGCGCCAAGAAGGAGCAGGCUGGCAGAGCUCUGCCGAAGCCUAAGCCGAGUUCCACCGCAGCGAGACUGGUCGCCGUCAACACACUGAAGAAGUCUGCCAAGGGAGAUGACAAGAUCCCUUCCGAUAAGCGAGUCUAUUUGUAUGUGGAGGCCGAGGCCGAAACUGCAAAGGCGAAGUUUCCCAAGGGCGCAUUUUUCUUCUCCAAAGACUGGGUGGUCGGCAGAGUCCUGGAUGCGGCCGCAAAACAGCUGCAGGUGCAGAACAUCAACAACCAAAGCUCGGAUGAACGGGACAAGCUCCGGGUGUUUCACGUAGAAGGUGGAAGGGUGCUGGAGUUCAACGAAAAGGUCGGAGCAUCAUUGCAAAGCGGAAACACCGUUGUACUUUUGAGGGGAGUUGGGCCGGCUCCGGAUCUCAUUGAGGCCUAG